GUCAUCAGUCACCAAGAACAAUGGAGUACUCAAUAUGACCUUUAAAUAUGACAACUGCACCCCUUAUCUGAAUUCAGUGGGAAAACACGUGAUUGGAGAUGUGCAGAAUAUAACUAUCAGUCAGUAUGCAUGUUAUGAACAAGUUGCAGUGACGAUACUUUGGACAGCAAAUGUCAUCGGGAUUGAAUACCUGAAAGGAUUUCGAGUAAUACUUGAGGAGUUAAAAUCAGAGGGAAGACAGUGCCAGCAGAUGGUUUUAAAAGAUCCAAAGCAGCUCAGCCCCAGUUUUAAACGAACAGGAAUGGAAUCCCAGCCCUUUGUAAAUCUGAAGUUUGAAACAGAUUACUUUGUAAAGAUUGUUCCUUUUCCUUCCAUUAAAAAUGAAAGUAAUUAUCACCCAUUUUUCUUCCGAACUAGACCGUGUGAAUUGUUGCUACAGCCAGAAAACCUUGUCUGCAAACCUUACUGGAAACCAAGGAAUCUGAACGUUACCCAGCAGGGUUUUAACAUGCAAGUGUCCUUUGAUCAUGCACCACACAACUUUGGGUUUAGGUAUUAUUUUCUUCACUACAAACUUAAGCAUGAAGGGCCUUUUAAGCAAAAGACCUGCAAACAGGAGCAAAACACAGAUACUACAAGUUGUGUUCUUCAGAAUGUAUCUCCAGGGGAUUAUAUAAUUGAGCUGGUUGAUGACACUAAUACAACAAGGAAAACAAUGCACUAUGCACUAAAACCAGUACAUUCUCCGUGGGCUGGACCGAUAAGAGCUAUUGCCAUUACAGUCCCUUUAGUUGUCAUUUCAGCAUUUGCAACGCUUUUCACAGUGAUGUGCCGCAAGAAACAGCAAGAAAACAUAUAUUCCCAUCUAGAUGAGGAGAGCUCAGAAUCUUCAGCAUAUGCUGCAGGUCUGCAUGUGGAAAGACUUCAUCCCCGGCCAAAAGUGUUCAUCUGCUAUUCCAGUAAAGAUUGCCAGAAACACAUUAAUGUCAUCCAGUGCUUUGCUUAUUUUCUUCAGGACUUUUGUGGCUGUGAGGUGGCUCUAGAUUUGUGGGAAGACCUAAAAAUUUGUAAAGAAGGUCAGAAAGAGUGGCUUAUUAAAAAAAUAAACGAGUCCCAGUUUAUCAUCAUUGUGUGUUCCAAGGGAAUGAAGUACUUUGUUGAAAAGAAGAACUGGAAACACAGAGGGGUAACCAAAGAUGCAGGAAAAGGAGAACUCUUUCUGUUUGCUGUGUUGACUGUUGCAGAGAAGCUUCGUCAAGCAAAGCAGAAUUCAAGUGACCUCUGCAAGUUCAUUGCAGUCUACUUUGAUUACUCCUGUGAAGGAGACAUCCCUGGUAUUCUGGAUCUUAGUACAAAAUACAAACUCAUGGACAAUCUCCCUCAGUUGUAUUCACAUUUACACUCCAGAGAUCUUAGUGUACAGGAUUCAGAGGUGUUUCCUGUUAACAUUAGUAAAAGGAAUUACUUCAGGAGCAAAUCUGGGAGGUCCCUUUAUGUUGCCAUUUGCAAUAUGCAUCAGUUUAUUGAUCAGGAACCAGACUGGUUUGAGAAACAAUUUAUUCCCUUCCCUCCACCUUUACAUUACUCAGAGCCUGUCAUGGAAAAAUUUGAUUCAGGCUUGGUUUUAAAUGACUUGGUGAAUAAACAGGUGAUGGAUGGCGAUUUUUACCUGAAAACAGAUGUAAAUAUUAUUUCAGCAGGGAAUUCAGACUCUCACUGUGUAAUUCAGCACUUAAACCUCGGAGAAGAUAUAGAAACUGAGGACAUUCAAGGUGGUGGCAGCUCUGUUCUUCAGCCGUUGUUACAUGUUGUUAAAGCUUCAAAUCUUAAAGAUAUGCCUCGAGAUUCUGGAAUCUAUGAUUCAUCUGUUCCUUCAUCUGAAUUAUCUUUACCUUUAAUGGAAGGACUGUUGACAGACCAGAUUGAAACAUCUUCCAUUACAGGAAGUGUUUCUUCAUCAUCGGGUUUAGGAGAAGAAGAACCUCCUGUAAUCACUGCUACAAAAUUCUUAGUGCCUGGAAUAUGUAAAGCAGAACUUCAUUGUCAUAUCCAUACUGACGAACUCCAGGCAAUUGCUCCUUUAUAAUACAUUACAACAUUGUUAUGCAUUGCCACUUUAUCAACAGCUUCUGUUUGUGCUUUAACUACCACACCGUCUCAGCACUAAAUCUACUUGAAGGACCAGAUGCUUCCUGAAGAAGAUCUGUUACUCCUAAGGGGUUUUUUUUUAUGGCCAGUAAACAUGAAUCUGUUGGUCUUUAUAUAAAGUCUUCCAUGAUUUGAAAAAUGCAGUAUGGAAAAACAGAUGAGAAUACAUUUCAAAAUUAUUCCUAUUACCAAUUUAAAUGUCAUGAUAUUACACUGUUUACAGAUGCCAUAAUCAAAAUUGACUUUUUUUUGCUAGAAAUAAUCUUGCAACUGGACAUAAAAUAGCUUGGAACAUUAAGUCUUAGUAAAUGUCAUAGUCUAGCCUCUAGUUUUAAGUGCUGACAUACUUGAUGGCAGGAAUGUUGUAGUGAAUGAGAGCAGAAUUUUUUUUCAGAAGCAAGAUAAAAUGCCAAAGGUGAGAUCAAGAAAUUCUCCAUUAGAAGAAAUAAUUUUCUUUUAGAAAUGUUGGAGCUCCUUUCCUCACAGUCUCCUCUCUCUCCCAAAUGUUCAUGUGUCUCAGUAUUUAAUUUCAGAUAAGCGCAUGUCUCCCUCUUUUGUAUGAUUCUCCUAUCUCUUCUCCACAGUCUGGCUAUGAUGACUCACAAAUCGUACCAUACUGAGUCUGAAGUAGCAUUUUUAUAAUAGACAAAGAUAUAGAUUCUGCAUAUGCUGAGUGAUACCAUGGAAACAGAGUUUCCUGGUUUUUUCCUGGAAGGGCUAAUAUAAAGAAUACUUUAAAGAGAUGGGGGAAGGAAGACCAAAUUUUGUAUUUAAGACAUCAUUCUGGAUUUGUUCACCCAUGAGAUGAGUGUGUUUUAUGGGGGAUUUCAUAUUAUCCUUCAAGGACAUGCUGCUACAGAAUCACCUGUGCUAAAACAGGUUAAGACAAGCAGUUAACAGGCAUGGAUACUUUGCUUUGUUUUGAGCCAGCCAGUAAACAGAAGCCUAUGAGUUACUUUGCAGUUCACACUACUUAUCAUUACUUGGUGAUUAAGAUUGUAUAAUAUUACUAGUGUUAUAUUAACAAA